AUGCACUAUGUGGCUGUCUAUCUUUUGGCUGUUCUCAGCAGCAAUGACUCCCCUAACUUCAAGAACCUGAUGAAUAUCCUAGAGAGCAAUGGCAUUGAGGCAGAUGAGGAGUGGCUCAAGGCUAUUGGCAAGUUCAGCAACAAAAAUAUGGAGGACAUCAUCUCACAGGGAAGCAGUAAGCUGACCUCCAUGGGGUUUGGGGUGGGGUUCUUGCCAUCAGAAGAGUCUAAUGAUGACAUGGGCUGUGGGCUCUUUGACUGA